AUGGCCCCAAGAAGAUAUGGUCCGAGCCGAUUGAGCGCAUUGCGCGCACCCAGCGGCUCGGGGCGAGGUGUGCAGAAGCGGAAGAAGACUAUCAAGGAAGAUGGCCACCUGGGCCGCGGACGGAAGAACACAUGGAGCCAACCUUGGCUGAAGCGACUGGCCGUGCUGCGUCUUUGCGGGUUGCAUUUCAGCGAGAUUUUCGAGGUCUUAGGCGUGUUGAGCCGCAAUUUGACCCCCAAAGUUGAACGGACUGCCCAGCAUAAUAUGAAAGAGUUAUUCGGCACAGGAUGGAAAGACCUAUGCGCCACCGACAAUGAUACAUUGAAACGACGCCUACGCUUCCUCCUCGCAUCUGAGCAUAUCAGGACCUCACACAAGCGAAAUCACGUGAGCAGCUCGAAAUCUGCCUCUCGCUCAGAUGAAACAACAUCAUCUACGUCGGCGAGGAAAUCAUGUAUUUCUUUCCAGGGUUCAAGUUCUGAACUCACCCGUGAACCACUCCCAUCUCUAGAAGGAAGCAUCGCAGACCUUACCCGGCAAUCGACCGUAUCUUCGUAUCAGUCCUACCCGGAACUUCUCUUUCAGCACUCUGGGACGUCGACUACAACAACUAAUUUCACUGACCCAUCUCCAGAUGGAAGUUCAUCUGCGGUCAUUGGCUUUGAUGACGUUUCCCCCUUCGAUUGUUCUUCUCUUCUCGCACAUGAGCAUGCAUCCGAGAUCACAUACACCCCACUCGAAGAGCAGCGUCCUGUGACCUCUCUCGAUAGAACACAGCAGACUCAAAUAAUUCAGGAAAUCAUUUUUUCAAGGCGUAUGGAGGAAACCCCAUCCACGGCACUCUCAAAUGAAGACAUACAAAAUCAUCUAUCCGAUAGCUCAUCCCACAGUACCGAUAUUUCUUUCCCAUCGAAUAGCGAUCGGACUCUGGAUGACCCAAUUGAGGCAAUGGCCGAUCAGCAACUCGCCUGGCAUAAAGGAUCCGAGAAAUCUAGUUGGAUAUCCCGAUCCAGUCAAAUGUCUAAGAUCUCGGGGAUUCUCAAAGGAUAUGGACGUACUUCCGCCGACCGAUUCUUGAUCAAGAGUGUGUUGAGCCUUCGUUAUUCUUUGAGCUCCCUUGGUACAUCCAUCCGGGAGUCCCUGUCAGAUGCAUCGUUUGUAUCCCGUGAAAAUAACAGAACGUCCUUCACACAACCAUUGGAAAAUGAGGAUGUAAAUUCACCCAGCCAUCCCACUGCCGCAUCUCUCACGGAACAACAGGAACGCAUUCGUUCGCAAAAUCGCUUGCUGUUGGAGAUUUGUUGUUCCCAGGAUCUAAAUUGCGUUCAUCGACAAAUCACAAAUUGCGUUAACAUCCCGUCAGCGAGGCUGGACAAUCUCCAAAGCCUGUCAACCGAGAAGCUAGAUCAAUUUGGGCGCAAUGCCUUGUUUUUCGCUGCGUCUGUAGGCGCGCCGCUACAUGUGCUCCUUACACUCAUCAGACACUUCUGCAUGGUGAUUAAUACUCGGGACGUGGAUAAUCGUUCCUUCAUGUUUUACUUAGACCCACGGGGGCUGACAAGAAGAGAAUGUGGUUGCGAAUUCGAUUUGCACGACACCGCAUUCCAGUGCCUAAUGAUGAACUUGUAUCAUUCUGGAUUUGACUUUGGGCAUGUCGAUUGCGAAUCGAAAACUUUCCUGGAUUUACUCUGUCUCUCUGAAUACUUCCAGAUAGCCUGGUUGGUGGGCCUCAUGAGCAGCAAUGCUGAUAUGAACGGGAUCGUAAAAAGGAUGGCCAGCGCCCACGAUUGUGAUGGUCUAUCGUUUACCGAUCGUCUGUCCACGGAAGAUUUGAAGACUUUUCUCCGCUGCUACACCACUGCAGAGCUUUCACAGCUCGCAUCGUCUCUGGAAGAUCGUACACAAAUGCACGAACUGAUGUCCGACCUUACAAACAGGUCUUUCACAGACGAGAAUCUCCUUCCAUUGGUACGCGAUUUGUAUAAACAAGGCGCAGAUCUAGACCGACACUUGAUCUUCGGGACAACACCCCUGAUUUUUGCCGCAAAACAAUGUUGCCUGGAAACCAUAAGAUUUCUCUUAUCGACAGGUGUCGACAUCCACACUAGAGAUAGUUCGGGACGCACAGCUGUGGACUACGCAAUGGCCAACUUCAACUCGUCGCGAAAUGCAAAAACCCCGACUCCCUUUCUAGCGCAAGCUUUAGUAGCGAUGCUGCAAUUUUCUGGUUCGAAAGCAAAACCUCUUUCCAUCAGAUCAUUCUUACCAUCGGCUAUGCGUAAAACGGCGUCAUAG